UCGCUACGGCACGCACGGCACGGACGGGCACGGGCCCAGCAGGCACGACGCGCCGCGCGACACACAACAACAACACACACGCGUCGGUGACCCGCGUUCGACAUGUUCCACCGGCGAUGCGGCCACCGUGUCACCCUCAGCAAUAACAACCGCAACGCCAAGCGCAACCUCUCCGAGUACAAUUACGGCCUGGUGUUCAGCGCCGAGCCGCUCCAGGUGGACGAGCGGUUCGAAGUCGUCAUCGAAAAGAAGAUUAUAUCAUGGAGCGGCAGCAUAGAGAUCGGCGUGACGGAGUGCGAUCCCGAGACCCUGGAGAUACCAUCCUGUGCCAUAAACCUCCGUCACGGAUCGUGGAUUAUGACCGGCUCCGGCAUAGUUCACGAUGGAGAUCGCAUCGUGGAGGUGUACGGGACGGAUCUCAAUGAUCUGGAGGAGGGCGACAGUUUGGGAGUCAUGCGGACGUCCAAUCACGAGCUGAUGUUCUUCAUCAACGGUGUCUCGCAAGGCGUCGCCGUCAGCAACAUACCGGAGCGUAUUUUCGCCGUCGUGGACAUGUACGGCGAUUGCGUGCAGAUCAGCUGCGUCUCUCACCCCAGACUCGCCGCUCUGUGCAACGUGCCGAAGGACGAGGUCGAGAUCAACAAUGACUACGCCGCGGGGGAGACCUCCAGUUCCUCAACAACCAAUCUAGUCGCUAACUUAAAUGUUAAUCUAAGUGUUAAUGUAAACGUUAAUCUACCGAAGAAUCCGACUCCCGCGGCGAUAAGGGAGGACCGGCUGAAGUUUCACGAGAGGGUCGGCACGCUGGUGAAGCUCUCGAAUAACGCCAGAACCGCCGAGAGACGGAGGCCGCUCGACGAGUUUAACAAUGGCGUCGUCAUGACUCACAGACCGCUGCGAGAUAACGAAUUGUUUGAGAUACGAAUAGACAGAUUAGUGUACAAGUGGUCGGGGAGUAUAGAAGUUGGUGUCACUACUCAUAGCCCUACGGCACUGGAGUUUCCGGCAACGAUGACCAAUAUGCGUUCAGGUACAACGAUGAUGUCUGGCUGUGGUAUUCUAACGAAUGGCAAGGGCACGCAACGGGAAUACGGUGAAUUCAACUUGGACGAAUUGAGGGAAGGCGAUCGCGUGGGAAUGAUUAGGCAGACUAACGGAGAUCUGCACUAUUUGAUAAAUGGUCUGGAUCAAGGCAUCGCCGCUAAAGUACCAGCGGGUGUGUGGGGCGUAAUAGACCUCUACGGAAUGACCGUGAAAGUAACCAUUGUUGAUCGCGACGAGAGGGAAGAGCAGAAUCUAGUCACUAGGAGAAACACAUUGCAGCUACAAGGUCUAGACAGCGAAGAAGUCGGAGAAGAAGAGCUUCCCGAUAGACUGAUGUUUCAUCCCUGUUGCGGUACCCACGCCGACGUAAUCAACAACGGGCGUACAGCGCACAGACCUAACGCCAUAGACGAUUUUAACAACGGUGUGGUAUUGACCUCGAGGCCGUUGAAGCCGAACGAGUUGUUCGAAGUCAGACUGGACAAAAUUGUCACUAAAUGGGCCGGUUCCAUCGAGAUAGGAGUCACCACGCAUUCCCCAACGGAACUGGAGUUCCCGUUUACCAUGACGAAUGUCAGGUCCGGCACGUGGAUGAUGACGGGCAACGGGGUGAUGCACAACGGUACAACCAUGAUCGACCAGUACGGUCAGAAUCUGGACCGCCUGCAGAUCGGCGAUCGCGUGGGCGUGAUGAGGAAGGACAACGCGACGCUGCACUUCUACGUGAACGGCGCCGAUCAGGGCGUGGCCGCGAUGAACGUGCCCGAGAGGGUCUACGGGGUGAUCGAUCUUUACGGGCAGGCCGCUCAGGCCACCAUAGUCGACAACGUGGACUUUUACAGUCCGACCACGAACAAUUCGAGUUUUAGUAAUACGACGUUGUAUAGCGAUCUAAGGUUUCAUCACGUGCACGGUAAGAACGCGCGGAUUACGAACAACGGUUUAACGGCGUCCAGGCCGCGAGCGCUGGGUGAAUUCAACGAAGCUAUUGUGAUUGCGAAUCGCGCGCUGCGCGACAACGAGAUGUUCGAGGUGACGAUAGACAAAAUGGUCGCCAGAUGGUCCGGUGCUAUAGAAGCAGGAGUCACUGUGAUAAGGCCUGACGAGUUGGAGUUUCCGUCUACGAUGACGGACAUCGAUCACGACACGUGGAUGCUCUCCGGGUCGACGGUGAUGCGCGACGGCGUGACGUUGCGUAACAACUACAGCUGCGACUUGGAUAAGCUGACGGAGGGCAAUCGGAUCGGAAUGAUGCGGUGCUCCGAUUCCUCCUUACAUUAUUUUCUGGAUGGAGUGGACCAGGGUCCCGCCUGUACUGGUUUACCGUCGAACGUUUACCCAGUGAUCGACUUGUACGGUCAAUGCGCACAGGUGACGAUUGUGCUGCCUGAGCGCAGGGAUCCUCUGACGCAGCAAUACUUGGCGUCGGAGAACAGUAUUAGUCAACAGCCGACCUCGGUGAUUCAGCCUCAGGUGCAAACCGAGAUUCUGCACAAGUUCCACGAGUCGGUCGGAUUGAACAUUCAAUUGAACAGCGACCGAACGGUGGCGACCAGAUGCAGGGAGUACAACAACGCCGUAUUGUUGAGCGAGGCGGCGCUGGAGAACAACGAGCUGUUCGAGAUCGCGAUUCAGGAAGUGGCGCGCGAGUGGAGCGGUUGCCUGAGGAUAGGUGUCCUGAGUAACGAGACGGGCAACUGGCUGACGUCGAUGAACCUCGUGCCCGGGAUGACGUCCAUUCCCAGCGACGCCUGGUACCUGACGGGUAACGAGGUGAGACACAUGGGUUUCGCGCUCGCCUCGAACUACUGCACGAGCCUGGACUGGCUGCGGGUGGGCGACAAGAUCGGCGUGAAGCGCACGCACGAGGGCAACCUGAAGUUCUACGUGAACGGCGAGGACAUGGGCGUGGCGGCGUCCGACGUGCCGGAGAUGGUGUACGCGGUGAUCGAGCUCUUCGGCAGCACCGUGGCCGUGAACAUCACCAGCAGCAGACAGCAGAAUCCCGCGAUAUCGCCGAACGCCAGUUUGAGGCUGCAGGACUCGCUGGAACUGCUGCUGGAUCCGAUGCCGCGAAACGACGCGGGAAUGGAUACGUCCAUCGACGUGUCCGAGGGGAAGCUGAUCAACGAAACGACGCUCACGCCGACGCAGGCCGCCGUCAGCGGUUUGACCGCCGGCGACGGGGAUUGGAGCUACGAGUUUCACGAGAAUCACGGCAGGAACGUUCAGCUCGAAACGAAGACGGUCGCCAAGCGGGUGGCCAGCUACAAUCAGGGCGUGGUCAUGUCCAGUCGUCCGCUGAUAAAGGGCAAGCAGUUCCAAGUUAGAAUAGAGAAGCUGAACGAGCGCUGGGUGUCGAGUAUCCUCUGCGGCGUUUCUUGCAUAUCGCCAGAGAAGCAGACGAGCUUCCCGUUAACGGCACUCGGCUUCAAGAGGCACUCGUGGAUCAUCUGCAGCGAUUGGAUAUUCAUGAACGGCGUGAGAGUGAAGACGAAGUACGGCGCCGGCCUGGAGAGCCUUCAGUGCAACUCCAUCGUGGGCUUGCUGAUCGAUGAGGACAAUCGGCUGCACUUGUUCAUCAACAACGUGGACCAGGGAGUGGCCGCGACCGAACUUCCGUCGUACGUCUUUGCCGUGUUCGACUUGUACGGGCAGUGCGAACAAGUGUCCAUCGCGGGGGUGAUCGAGGAGACCUCCUACUCGAACGUCGCGAUCGACAACGCGCUCGCGGCUCCUGUCGAGUGCGCGAGCGUGGAAACGGAGGAUGUGGAGAAUUCGCGCGAGAAGGCCGAUCUCGAGUGUCACGAGAAGGAGAACGCGAUGGCGGCCACCUCGUCGGAUCUCUCGCCGUCCUCGACCUCGCCGAGUGUGCCGAGUCAGUGCAGUUCGAACGCCAGGGACGGCAACAGCUUCGAGGCCGAGUACUCGUCCUUCGGUAGCAACAAUAGCGCGAACGUGGCGAACAAUAGCGUAGUCGUGGGCAUCAAAGCGACGUCGAGUAUCGACAGCAACAACUCGGACUCGGGCUCGGAGCUCAGCAACGACACGCGAAGCGUGUCCAGGAACCGCGCGUACAACCUGGACAACGUCGCGCCGCCGAGCAAGCAGCCCGAGAACAAUUCGAGCGAGUCGAAUCUCGACGCGGAGAACCGCGCCCCGUGUACAAACGUGGAGCUGAACAACGCGACCAACAUUAAUAUACAGAAGGGCAUGGUCGCCAGCGCGAGCAACAUGACCAGCUUGAACGCGGCGAUCACCGCCGCGAACGCCAACAACGCGAUUAACGAAAGCAUAGCGUCCAAUAGUCAAGUCAAUAUCGUAAGCAGCGCGCAGCAGAACAAUUUGUCGGAUCUUCCCAACAACACCUGCCCCGGCUUCCACGAGUCGCGGUCCUACGCGAGCCGGGACAACGUUCGCGACAACUCCUUCAACGGGAACAUACCUCCUCCUCCUCCUCCGAGCCAGAACACGACGGUCAAUCAUCAGCGGGACGUGCCGUACAACGCGUCCUCAGUGCCGUUUGCCUCGUCGUUACCGUCCACUCCACUUGGGUCCACCGUCGUCGCGUCGUCCAGGAAAUGCGACUACCUCAGGGCGUGCGUGCAACUGAAGAAGUCGCUCGUUCUGCCGGACGAGUUCUUCUCCGCCGAUGAGAUACUGUGCUACUGCAGCGUCUGCUACAAGGUGGACGGCGACAACGCGAUCUGCAAGAAGGGCGAGCCGCCCGCGGAAUUCGCGAUACCGGUCGGCUGGGCCAGAUUCCCACUGAAGCAGAGCAUCAAUGCCAACCAGAUCCCGCAGAGCACGACGGACAAGUGGCACGUUGCGUUCUACGGUAUACGCCUGGACGCGAUAAGAUUGAUCCUAGAUAGAGGUGAGCUAAUGACCAAAGAGCAGCUGGACGUGAGUAACUUGACGGCGGGCACGAAGAGCGAGGAUCAAAAUCCCCAGGUGUCGUUUUCGCCUAGCAUCAAGUACGCAGCGUCCGAUGAGUUCACGAGAAAGUAUCCAUAUAUCGACAUGCAGUCGAAUAAGAAACUGAACGCGUCGACCGCGUUCCAAUUGCUGGUGAGACCCGGCUCGUAUACGAUCAGCCCUGGCGACAAGGACAGCACCGAUUUGCACUGCGAGUCCAGCAAGUGGGCCACCAAGGAAGCCGGGGCCACGGUGAUCGUCGCUCUGCUCGUACAUCUGGACGGAUUUUAAAUCCGAAGAGUGCCCGUCUCCACGGAAAGUGUUGUUUCACGUGAACUCGCGUUAUUGAACCGUCGUUCACGUCUUAUUCCGCAUCGGACCCGCGACCGAUUUGUACAUAACGACGCGCUGUUCGUUGAACACACACGAAUUGUGGUAAGAGACUCUCGAGAUCGAAUAUAUUUCAAUUCCGUCGAAGUCGCGCUGUACAUUUGCGUUCAAACGGUUCAAGUUCGGCACAAGUUCCCUCGUGUGCGUUUAAAGUUAGUCAUUAAAAAUGGGACUUUACCAAAAGAUUUAUGUACUAGAGAGAUUAAUCGAGGUUUUAGUUAUCUUUUAACGUUUAACGCUUAACGUGUACGAUAUGGAUGAUUAAGUAAUGGCUUUAAUUUCUAUAUAUAUAUAUAUAGAAUCAAUCUUAGGAAAGAAUUCGUUGUAGAUGCGCUGGUUAAGCAUGACAAUUUCGUGACGCACUAUAUAAAAGACUUUUAAUUAGCGUAAGUUUUAAAUUGUUUUAUCACACACACACGUGUCACAUAUGUACGUUGCUAGACUGGCCUAAGUUAAUGCUCACGAGAACAAAUAGUAUGUAUUUGAAAUGUACGGUAUUAUCGCGGCGAAUGAUUACUUGCCGUCUGUGCGAAGAGAACACAGUAUUUUUGACGCUCGCGCUUCACGCCUAAUCGAUAUACCAAAUCUCUAUUCUAUCGCAUUUAGUAAGUAAAUCUCAAGACACGAUACGAUUUUUUUAACGCACUCUUCUGCAGCAUAUUCGAUAGGAAGGAACCGUAUAACAUGUCUAUGUUGUAGAAAUAAACGACGCAAGUGCAAUUCCUAUUGCCAACACCAAAAAUCCGUUUUCGCGAGUUAAUAAAUGUUUCCACGUUGUGGCUUGAA